GAGCGAGUGAACACCGUGCAGGAGAGACGGCGCGCGCUCGCAGGAUGGACGCUCACAGAUAACAGUCGGCGUCUGCCGAGCUUUCUUUUUAUUAACUGAAAGGUGUUUUUUUUUUUUUUUUUAAUCUUCUACAGAGGUGGAAUUGCUGUUGAACUUUGCUCACUUUCUCUGCUCCUAGUCAGUGGAACUUAACCGUAUUUUAAAGUUUGAGGACACAGAGUGAUUUUGCGGCUUUCAGAGGAAAUAUCUGUCACUCCAGUGCGCAGAGGCUCGACUACCGAAGAGACUUUUUUCCUGACUCAGCGCCGAUUAGUGAGGAAGAUGCUCUGUGUUUGGGGAAAACGCGCACGAGCUCCCGGGGCGCUUCUCGCGCUCCUGUUCAUCAGCGGAACCUUCGUGUGCAAUGCAGACGGCAGUGACUACAGUGAAGUUCUGCCUGACUCCUUCCCCUCUGCGCCAGCUGAGCCGCUGCCUGAAUUCCAGAGUGAGCCAGAGGACACGUUCAUCGUAAAGAACAGACCAGUCAAACUUUCCUGUAAAGCGUCUCCUGCUACCCAGAUCUACUUCAAAUGCAACGGCGAGUGGGUCAACCAAAAUGACCACAUCACCAGAGAGAGCCUGGACCAGGUCACAGGUCUGGUGGUGCGUGAGGUAGACAUCUCAGUGUCCAGGGUUCAGGUUGAGGAGCUCUUUGGCUUGGAAGAUUACUGGUGCCAGUGUGUAGCCUGGAGCUCUGCGGGUACCACCAAAAGCCGGCGAGCAUAUGUGCGCAUUGCAUACCUCAGGAAAAACUUUGAGCAGGAGCCACUCGGCAGGGAAGUGCGGCUGGAACAGGAAGUUCUGCUGCAGUGCCGCCCACCAGAAGGGAUCCCACCUGCUGAGGUUGAAUGGUUGAAGAAUGAGGAGCUUGUUGAUCCUGUGCAGGACUCCAACUUCCUUAUAACCAUUGAUCAUGACCUCAUUAUCAAGCAGGCACGUCUUUCUGACACAGCUAACUACACAUGUGUGGCCCGAAAUGUGGUUGCCAAGCGACGCAGCAGCACUGCAACACUCAUUGUAUAUGUGAUUGGAGGCUGGUCAUCCUGGACAGAGUGGUCAGAGUGUAAUGCACGUUGUGGGCGGGGCUGGCAGCGACGGACACGUAGUUGCACCCAUCCGGCACCACUUAAUGGAGGUGCUUUUUGUGAGGGCUCACCCUUUCAAAGAGUCACCUGCACCACCCUCUGUCCAGUGGAUGGAGGCUGGACGGAGUGGGCUAAGUGGUCAGCAUGUGGGACCGAGUGCACACACUGGCGCAGCCGUGAAUGUCAGGCUCCUCCCCCACGUAACGGAGGAAACCACUGCAGCGGCAGCAUGAUGGAGAGCAAGAACUGCACCGAGGGACUGUGUGCCCGCUAUAAAAAGGUUACUGUUGAACAUACAAACCAUCCGGAUUCAGGGGCAGGAGUGGCUAUGUAUGCAAGGCUCGUGGGUGCUCUGUUGCUGUGUGUAAUCCUUGUGCUCAGUGUGGGCAUCCUGGCUUACCGCCGAGGCUGUCGCCAUUUCCGCGGAGAUAUCACAGACUCCUCAUCUGCCCUUGCUGCUGCUUUUCAUCCUGGCAAACCUCCAAGACAAGAUAACCUUCAUGUGCUGCACUCCUCAGCUCCUCCUGACCUCACUGCUAGCGCUGGAACAUUCCGGGGGCCGAUCUUCUCCUCCUUGCAACAGAGCACACUUGACUCGCAUCACAAGAUACCCAUGACCAACUCACCCCUGUUGGAUGCUUUGCCCAGCCUCAAGAUUAAAGUGUAUGACUCCGCCACCAUGUCAUCGCUGGAGCUGCCUACCAGCCUGGGAUGUGCUGAUGAAGACAUUAUGAGCUUGAAAACGAUGGGCAGCAGUAUGCGAGAGCAUCGCACACACACUCUGCCAGCUGAACCAGGCCACAGCACCAGUGCCACACUAGGCAGCCUCGGCGGGCGCCUCACCAUCCCUAACACAGGUGUGAGCCUAUUGGUACCACCAGGAACCAUUCCUCAGGGGAAAUUCUAUGAAAUGUAUCUCAUCAUCAACAAAUGGGAGAAGACUACGUUGCCAUCAGAAGGUGGUCAGACAGUCCUGAGUCCAGUGGUGAGCUGUGGGCCCUCAGCCAUGCUGCUAAGCCGUCCAGUCAUCCUCACCCUGCCCCACUGUGCGUACCUCGAGACUCCCAACUGGAGCCUCACUCUCAAAACACAGAGCAACCAAGGAUUCUGGGAGGAGGUGCUGACUAUAGGAGAGGAGAGUUUGUCCUCGCCAUGUUACAUGCAAUUGGAGGAGCAGAGCUGCCACAUACUGAUGGAGCACUUAGGCACCUAUAGUCUGGUGGGACAGUCAGUUCCUCCUCAACCUGCUUGUAAGAGGCUACAGCUUGCCCUGUUUGCUCCACGAGCUCCUUGCCUCUCUCUGGAUUACAGUCUAAGGGUCUACUGCAUUCAAGACACACCAUAUGCCCUAAAGGAAGUGUUAGAAUUUGAACGAACGCUUGGUGGGGUGUUACUGGAGGAUCCCAAGUCACUCCUCUUUAAAGACAGUUACAACAACCUACGACUGUCAAUCCAUGACAUCCCGCACUCUCAUUGGAGGAGCAAGCUUCUUGCUAAGUAUCAGGAGAUCCCAUUCUACCACAUCUGGAAUGGGAGCCAGCGGCCCCUGCACUGCACCUUUAGCCUGGAGAGAGGCAGCCUGGCUGUGUCCCAGCUCAGUUGUAAGAUCUGUGUGAGACAGGUAGAAGGGGAGGGACAGAUAUUCCAGCUCCACACAGACAUCCAGGAGACAUUGCCCCCACAUUCACCGCUGCCUGCAGGAGGAACAAGCCUGCCGUCAUCUCAGGUGGGUCCUUAUGCCUUCCGCCUGCCAGCCUCUAUCCGCCAAAAGAUCUGUGCCAGUCUUGAUGCCCCCAGUGCCCGUGGCUGUGACUGGAGACUGCUUGCACACAGCCUGGGCUUUGACAGUUACCUGAACUACUUUGCCACCAAGCCAAGUCCCACAGGUGUGCUGCUCGACCUGUGGGAAGCUUGUCACCACGGUGAUGCCGACCUGGUCUCCCUGGCGACUGCUCUGGAAGAAAUGGGCAAGAGUGAGGUCUUGGUUGUUAUGACGACAGAUGAUGACUGCUGAUUGGGUAAUCAGAAAGGAUAGAAAUGUGGCACCAUGAAUAAAGCAAUCAUUAAUGCCAGUGGACGGGCAUAGAAAUGUGACCACACACCCUGACUCGUCACCGUGUGUGCACUACAGAAGAAACAGAGCUGCAAGCUUCUAGCUCCAUGAUCUCUCAGUCUUCAGUCACGAUGAACAUGAACCAAAAAAUGUGAUGUCAUUUGAAUGAGAACAUUUUUUACUCUUAAUGCAGGUAGCAGGUUUAAAUCUGGGCCUGUCUGCUUAAAUCUCCAUGUACAAGGUCAUGAUUCAAGAAUGCUUUUUGCCCUCUCAGACGUGAAUAAUUUCUCAUCGAAACACGGGAAUAUACACAAACACCCACACACUCAGCCUACAUGCUGGAAGCUAAGUGUGAAAGUGCAUGAUUAAGCGUCACUUAAGGUCGUGAUUGAGCUUUUGUUUCCUAGUGAUUACUGGAGGCUUAAAGUCACCAUCAAACAGACUCUGGAGUGAAGCAUUUUCUCAAGUUGCUCACACACACACACACACACACACACACACACACACACGGUUACACAGAAUACAGUUACACAGAUUAGAGUGUUGAUUAUAAAGCACGAAAGUAGCCAAAUUAACCAGACAUAGACUCAGAAACAGCAGUGCUGCAAUAGUUAUUAGUUUUACCAUUUUUAUUUACAACAUAUUGAGAAUAGCCUGUAGUGAACCUGACACUCCUCCUGUUUGACAAAAUCUUGACAUGCUUAUGAUUAGCAAACAGAAACAGGGAGCUGUUGUUGCAAGAAAGUAGGGAUGUACUGAUUACAAGUUUUAAUACAAUAAGUACUGCGUAUACUAAAAGUAUUGCUCCAGAUAUCUGAUACUGAUUCAGUACUGACAUCCUCACAGGAAACAAGCCAAACCUCUGCAAGCUGCUGUUGCCUAGUUAUGCAAAAUAUCAGAGACAUGAUGGUGCCGUGUUCAAGUCAGCCUCACUCACUGUCACGAGAAAACACAUCAAAUCAGAUCCCAUAAAAGAGCUGAGUAUCAGUGCAUCUCUAGUGGAAAAAUUUCUAGGAAUUGAAUUUCCAUUUUGCUUUUUUUUUAGUAAUCUUGAUUGUUUUUAAUGAUAUUUUCUCUUCAACACACAAAAUGCAGAAGUGCUAUCACACAAUGGUUUCCUAUAGGGAACGCACUUUUUAAUUUACUGUCCAUAUUAGUGGAUUAUUUUUUCAUUCUCUCUCAUUCAUUCUAUCUGCUGUAAUGUUUAGUAGAACUUAUGCAUCUGUAAUUGACCGCUGUUGCAUUACGUUCCACAAGCAAGGAGUGGUUACAAAGUGCUUAAAUGACUUCAUGUCGUGUGGCAAGCUUUUUAAAUGCUGUUUAAUAUGUCAUGGGUAAACUGUCAUUUCAGGCAUUGAAGCACAUGAAAAAUGUGAGCUCUGGUUCUGUGAUCUGGUGUUUGGGUUCAACUCGAGCCAUUAAUCACUGCUCAGACUCUAAGGUCAUGCAAUUGUAGGCCUUGUGUUUAGUGUCUUUGGAAAUGGCAUGGCUGCUCUUUGGACUGCAUUGUGUCACGUCCACAGUCUUCUCGGACUGUGGGUUGGAAAUGUUACUAUAGUGUGAGACUAACAGCCAUGGCUGUCAUGGGCCCUUUACCAUUUGUCCAUUUUGAUGUUGUAUCAUUAGCAUAUUGUGACCUUAAUAUUAUAAGGUUCAGUCUGGCAUUUUGGCCGGAAAUGAGUUCAGCACGUUAGUUGGAACCUGACUUCAUAUUUGGUAUUAUUCUCUCUCUCUCUCUCUCUCUCUCUUUUUUUUUUUAUUUUACACAUUCUCUGGUUCUAUAUUUUAGCAAAGUUGCACGUCUAAAAUGAACUUGGAAUGAACUUGGAUUCUAUCACAGCCCAUCAUAAUUGUAGAUGAAUUAUUAAUGAAUAAUAUUAUUAAUUGUAAUAAAUUGCCAAUCAUA